GCUAUAAAGGCCGGGUCCGAGGGAGCUCCGGAGCCCAGAGCCGAGCGCAGACCGGUGUCUUGGGAGCUCUCUCGCCUUCAUCUCUUCUCUCUUCUCCUUCCUGCCCUCUAAUGGCGGAUUCUAGUGGAAUUUUUCGUCUUGGUUUUAUGUUCUUCGUUGCCUUCUUGGUGACGGGUGUGCGUGGUGCGAAGUUUGAUGGGGUGAUUCAGGCGUGCUGGGCCUCGGACCAUGUGAUUUAUGAUGGAGAGCUUCUCAAGCUUAAGCUUGAUAACUUCUCCGGUGCUGGAUUUGCCUCUAAAAACAAGUAUUUGUACGGCAAGGCCACAGCUGAGAUCAAGCUGAUCGAAGGAGACUCCGCCGGAACGGUCACUGCCUUCUAUAUGUCAUCGGACGGCGUCAACCACAACGAGUUCGACUUCGAGUUUCUGGGGAACACCACGGGGGAGCCGUACCUGGUCCAGACCAACAUGUACGUGAACGGGAUCGGCAACAGGGAGCAGCGGAUGGAUCUAUGGUUCGACCCAACCACCGACUUCCACGCGUACUCCGUCCUCUGGAACCCCCGCCAGGUGGUCUUCCUCGUCGACGACACCCCGAUCCGCGUCUACGCGAAUCACGAGGACAGCGGUAUCGUGUUCCCGCGGGAUCAGCCGAUGGGGGUGUACAGCUCCAUCUGGAACGCCGACGAUUGGGCCACCCAGGGGGGCCGGGUGAAGACGGACUGGUCUCACGCGCCGUUCGUCGCGGCUUAUCGUGAGGUCCGGAUUGACGGAUGCGAGUGGAGGGCCGGGGAGGAUUGGGCGGCGGAGAUUAAAAGAUGCAGCGGGAGCGAGUGGGGGAAGGAGGGGAGGUACUGGUGGAAGGAGAAGGAGAUGGAGGCGCUGAGCGUCCAUCAGAGCCAUCAGUUGAUGUGGGCCCGGGCGAAGCAUCUGGUGUAUGAUUACUGUGCUGAUGCGUCCAGGUUCCCUGAACCACCGGCUGAGUGCAAGGCGUGAUGGAUGAUGGAUGGUGGGUGAUGGAGGAGGGGUUGUUCGGGAUGGUAGCUGGUACACUGUAAAGCGUUAAGGGGGUGGGGGGGAACUGCUGGUUCUUUUCACUUGUUGCUUUAUUUCCUAGUUUAUCAAGAGGUGGUGGUGGUGGUGGUGGUGUAUGGAAUUUAGGAAGUCAUAAAAGAAGAGGAAUCUUUUCCUUUUGUCUGAUUA